GUCUGAUUCCCCUUGCAUCUGAUUGAUAUUAUCUAUCAAUUCCCCGGUCCCAUUCCCGUGGUUGCUUUGGUGCUCUUUCCUCCCCCUUCUUAACUCUCCCUUCACGCUCUCUCUUCCCCACCACACCGCCAUCCCCGCCCCGCUGCGAUGUCGGCCUCCGAUUCUAAGGCUGGGUCGGCCUUGAAGAAGCCUUUCCCGAGUGUCGACUUGGAUGGCCAUAACUUGCCUCCUUCGCCGGCGCCGUCGAGUCCGCGCACGGGGAAGCGCUAUGCCAUUGCUACCGAGCUUGUUUAUACCGAGGGGAGCGAUCAGUAUAAUGCUAGCAGUGUUCCUAUUUAUCAGAGUGCCACGUUCAAACAGAGCUCCGGUGACGGAGGUGGUGAAUAUGACUACACUCGCUCCGGCAACCCGACUCGGACGCACCUCGAGCGCCAUCUCGCCAAGGUCAUGUCCGCCCAACGCGCCCUCGUCGUGUCAUCUGGUAUGGCCGCAUUGGACGUGAUCACGCGGCUCCUCCGACCGGGCGACGAAGUGGUGACGGGCGACGACCUCUACGGCGGCACCAACCGUCUCCUCAAGUUCCUGUCCACCAAUGGCGGUAUCACCGUACACCACGUCGACACGACGCGCCCGGAGAAGGUGCGCGAGGUGCUGACGCCCAAGACGACCAUGGUCCUUCUCGAGACGCCCACCAACCCGCUCAUCAAGGUCGUCGACAUCCCCACGAUCGCGGCCGCCGCGCACGAGGCCAACCCAGCCUGUCUGGUCGCCGUGGACAACACCAUGAUGUCCCCGCUGCUGCUCAACCCGCUCGAGCUAGGCUCCGACAUCGUCUACGAGAGCGGCACCAAGUACCUGUCCGGCCACCACGACCUGAUGGCCGGCGUCAUCGCCGUCAACGACCUCGCCCUCGGCGAGCGUCUCUACUUCCCCAUCAACGCCUCCGGCUGCGGUCUCUCCCCCUUCGACUCGUGGCUGCUCAUGCGCGGCAUCAAAACCCUUAAGGUCCGCAUGGACCAGCAGCAGUCCAACGCCAUGCGCAUCGCAGAGUACCUCGAGUCCCACGGUUUCAAGGUCCGCUACCCGGGUUUGCGCUCGCACCCGCAGUACGACCUGCACCACUCGAUGGCGCGUGGCUCCGGCGCCGUCCUGUCCUUCGAGACCGGCGACGUCGGCGUCAGCGAGCGCAUCGUCGAGAGCGCCAAGCUGUGGGCCAUUAGCGUCAGCUUCGGCUGCGUCAACAGUCUGAUCAGCAUGCCGUGUCGCAUGAGCCACGCCAGCAUCGACGCCAAGACGCGCCAGGAGCGCGCCAUGCCGGAGGAUUUGAUCCGGUUGUGCGUGGGUAUCGAAGAUGCUGAUGAUCUCAUCGACGAUUUGCGACGAGCUCUCGUCCAAGCAGGCGCCGUCAACGUCACCCUCGACGACAUCCAUGCCGUACCGCCAAGCAACAACUAAAUAAACCCCAUACCCGGUGGAAUAAAAGAAAAGAAAAGACAAGACAUUGGUUUGGUUUGGUUUGACAUUAAGAUAACAUGAUACAUCAUCUGUACGGCGUUGGGAGCCUUGGUUUUUAUUUAUGAAUUUUAUAUGAUAUGUCCAUGUUGAUUGAUAUAAGUGGAGUUUGCUAUCGUAAGCUUCUAUCUCAUGAGAGAUGAUAUGAAAUAUAUGGAUUGCAGGAUAUCA